CUGAACACGUUCAGUGCCGUGUCAAAUUUCGUUUCUAAGAGUGCGACCAAACAUCUGCUCAUCAUGGGAGCUUCCUCGAUUAUCCUGUCUACCGUUGUGCUGCUUCUGUGUGUUUCAAUGUGGAGCACCGUUGUUUCGUCUCCCGUUGCGGUCAGUGAUGUGCAGCAACCGGCGGUAGACGUAGCUCAUCAUCUGCAGCGACGAGAAGUUAUAUUCCGGCCACUGUUCGCGUAUCGUGAUCAGUUGAUUGAGAAAAAGCGCAUAACGGAUGCCAGAGAUCAGAACCAGAUCGAUCAGGCGGAAUAUGAGCGGCAGAUGCAGGCAUAUGAGCAGCAAUUGCAACAGUAUGAGCAGCAAAUGCAACAGUAUCAACAGCAAUAUGGCAAUUCCAAAUAAAAGAGUAAAUUUAACAUGAUUAAA